AUGGGCGCGAUGCGCGGUGGGGGCGAAGGACAGAAGGCCUUGUGCGACGUUGGAAAUGCGGAGGACGAGGGAAGGAGCGCGGACGAUGGCGGCACAGGACAGACGGAACCCCAAGGCGCCUUUAGCGCUCCCCGGGUCCUCCCCGUCCAGCUCGGCCUCGACGUUCACCUCUCCCGCUCAUCAUGA